AUGUGGGUGAUAAGCCACGCUCCCUGCCAGGAGAUGGGGAAGAAGGUGGAAUGCCUGGGUGACCUGCAGGGCCCCAAGUUCCGUGUGGGCGAGCUGGCGGCAGACCCUGUGGAGCUGAAGAACGGCGAUAUCUUGGAGUUCGGUAUUUGCAAGGAUGACAGUGACCUCAUCCGCCCUGGGCGCAUCACCAUGAAGCCCACUGUGGAGCAGAAUGCCUUGGUGAAAGCUUGUAAGCCCGGAACCCCUUUGCUGCUGGAAGAUGGCAUCAUGGAGGUGAAGGUCGUGGAGAAGUGUUCUGAGACGGAGCUAAAAGUGGUGGUGAUCCGAGGAGGAAAGUUGAAGGCGCGCAAGGGCGUCAAUGUGCCCGACGUGGAGAUCGACUGCGCCGCCCUCACGGAGAAGGACAUCGAGGAUGCCGAAUACCUGCUUCAACUGGACCCACCUAUUGAGUACAUUUGCGUAUCCUUUGCUCAGAAAGGUCAAGAUUUGCAAGAGCUUAUUGACAUCAUGGAUCGAUUGAAAGUGCCCGCUGACAAGCGCCCCAAGAUUUGCCCCAAGAUUGAGAAGCCUCAGGCCUUCACCAACAUCGAGGGCAUCAUCGCGAAGUCCCAGGCACUCAUGGUGGCACGUGGUGAUCUCGGCGUGGAGCUGGGCCUGAACCGUGUGCCCUUCGCGCAGAAACUCCUCAUCCAACGUGCCAAGCAAGCAGGGCUGUUUGUGAUCACUGCCACACAGAUGGUGGAGAGCAUGAUUGAGAACCCUGUGCCAACGCGUGCGGAAGUCUCUGACUUGAUGAAUGCUGUUUGGGACGGCACAGAUGCAGUGAUGCUCAGUGGUGAGGCAGCAACGGGAAAGUUCCCAUGCGAAGCCGUGAUGGCCGAAGCCUCUGCAACUCGAGAGGCAGAGACCGUCAAGCAUCGCUUGCAGAAAGCUUGCCCAUAUGUGGCCAUUGACAGCCGCUUGCCAUUGCGUCCACCAAGAGCCUUGAACUGUGGAAUGGCGCUGAAGCGACAGGAGACGGACCACAACAAGAGGAAGACGAAGGUGGUGGCCAGUCUGGGCCCUGCUUCCUGGAGCGAAGAGAUGAUCCCGAAGAUGAUCCAGGCCGGCGCCGACAUCUUCCGCCUGAACUGCUCUCACCGCCGGGGUGGCGACUUCGAGCGGGUCUAUCCACUGAUCCGGAAGGCAGCCCAGGAGCUGGGCCGAAAGGUGGAGUGCUUGGGAGACCUCCAGGGUCCCAAGUUCCGCGUGGGUGAGUUGGCCAGCGAUCCAAUCCCGUUGAAAGAUGGAGACGUCUUGGAGUUCGGUAUUUGCAAGGAUGACAGUGACCUCAUCCGGCCUGGCCGCAUCACCAUGAAGCCCACAAUCGAGCAAAAUGCUUUGGUGAAGGCUUGUACUCCUGGCACACCAUUGUUGCUGGAAGAUGGCAUUAUGGAAGUGCGCGUGGUCGAGAAGCUCUCAGACACCGAGCUCAAGGUGAAAGUUGUCCGUGGUGGGAAGCUGAAGGCUCGCAAGGGUGUGAAUGUGCCCACGGUGCAGAUCGACUGUGCCGCCUUGACGGAGAAGGACAUCGAGGAUGCCGAGUACCUUUUGCAGUUGGACCCCCCCAUCGAGUACAUUUGCGUGUCUUUCGUGCAGAAGGGCCAGGACUUGCAGGAACUCAUCGACAUCAUGGAUCGCCUCAAGAUUCCGCAGGACGGGGCACUGACCAACAUCGAGGGCAUCAUCGCCAAAAGUCAGGCGCUCAUGGUGGCGCGUGGAGAUUUGGGUGUCGAGCUGGAGCUCGAGCGUGUGCCCUUCGCACAAAAGUUGCUCAUCAGGAGAGCAAAGGAUGCUGGUCUUUUCGUCAUCAAUGCCACGCAAAUGGUGGAAAGUAUGAUCGAGCAGCCGAUCCCCACCAGAGCAGAAGUUAGCGACUUGCAGAACGCCGUGUGGGAUGGUGCCGAUGCUGUGAUGCUUAGCGGCGAGGCAGCCAGUGGCAGGUACCCUUGUGCCCUGGCCGAUAUCACUUGCGCGGAUCUUAUGCUGUGCCAGAGCGAAUCGGUGAUGGCAGAGGCGGAUGCAGCUCUUGAAGCUGAAAGUGUGAAGCACCUCUUCGUACCUCAAGUCUUCGAUGACUAUGUAGUGGACGAAGCAAACAAGCCCAGAGAGUUGGACGAUAGCAAGAGGAGGACCAAGGUGGUGGCAAGUCUUGGGCCAUCCUCAUGGAGUGAUGAGAUGAUCCAGAAGAUGAUCUUGGCAGGCACCGACAUCUUCCGGCUAAACUGCUCUCAUCGCAGAGGUGGCGACUUCGAGCGAGUCUACCCCUUGAUCCGCAAGCACUCGAAGGAGCUGGGUGUGAACGUGGCCUGCUUGGGCGAUUUGCAGGGCCCCAAGUUCCGCGUGGGAGAGCUGCUGGGCUGCAUGGUUUGGAACGCCUUGGUCGAGGCCUGCAAGGUGGGCACCGUGCUACUCAUCGAGGAUGGAUUGAUGGAAGUGAAGGUCACUGAGAAAAUCUCCAACACCGAGCUGAAGGUUGAAGUGAUCCGCGGAGGCAAGCUGAAGGCUCGCAAGGGUGUCAACGUCCCGGAUCUGGAGAUCAAUUGCGCAGCUUUGACCUCCAAGGAUAUUGAGGAUGCUGAGUUUUUGCUGCAGCUGGAUCCACCCAUCGAGUACAUUUGCGUGUCUUUUGUGCAGAAGGGCCAGGACUUGCAGGAGCUCAUUGACAUCAUGGAUCGCCUCAAGAUCCCAGCUGAACGACGACCAAAGAUCUGCCCCAAGAUCGAGAAGCCACAGGCGCUGACCAAUAUCGACGGUAUCAUCGCGAAGUCCCAGGCGCUCAUGGUGGCCCGUGGUGAUCUCGGCGUGGAGUUGGGCCUGAACCGUGUGCCCUUCGCUCAGAAGUUGCUGAUCGCACGCGCCAAGCAAGCAGGGCUUUUCGUGAUCAAUGCCACUCAAGUGGUGGAGAGCAUGAUCAACAACCCAGUGCCCACACGUGCUGAAGUGAGCGAUGUGUGCAAUGCCGUUUGGGAUGGUGCAGAUGCUGUGAUGCUUUCUGGAGAGGCCGCCAGUGGCAACUUCCCCUUAGAGGCUGUCAUGGCUGAGGCUUCAGCUGCACGGGAAGCGGAGUCGGUGAAGCACCGCCUGAGGCGUGCCUGCCCCCCAGUAGAGUCAGGUGAUGUCGUGCCACCAAUGCUGCACGUGAACAUGGGCAACAAGAAGCAGGAGACCAAUGAUGCUCUGAGGAAGACGAAAGUCGUGGCCAGCUUAGGCCCAGCCUCGUGGAGUGAGGAGAUGAUCCCCAAGAUGGUCGCAGCGGGCACGGACAUCUUCCGCUUGAACUGCUCCCACCGUCGGGGUGGCGACUUUGAACGCGUCUAUCCGCUGAUCAGAAAGGCGGCACAAGAUCUUGGCAGAAAGGUGGAGUGCCUUGGAGACUUGCAGGGGCCCAAGUUCCGCGUGGGUGAGCUUGCGGGCGAUCCCAUCGAGUUGGUGAACGGCGAGAUCUUGGAGUUCGGCAUCUCCAAGGACGACAACGACAACAUCCGCCCAGGGCGAAUCACCAUGAAACCCACUUUGGAGCAGAAUGCCUUGAUUGCAGCUGCAAAGGUGGGCAUUGACCUGCUCUUGGAGGAUGGCAUCAUGAAGGUGAACGUCGUUGAGAAGCUCAGCAACACGGAAUUGAAGGUGAAGGUGGUCCGUGGUGGCAAGCUGAAGGCUCGAAAGGGUGUCAAUGUGCCAGACGUGGAGAUCGACUGCGCUGCCUUGACGGCCAAAGAUAUCGAAGACGCUGAGUUUUUGCUGCAGUUGGAUCCACCCAUCGAGUACAUUUGCGUGUCUUUCGUGCAGAAGGGGCAGGACUUGCAGGAACUCAUCGACAUCAUGGAUCGCCUCAAGAUUCCGCAGGAGCGACGGCCCAAGAUUUGCCCAAAGAUCGAGAAGCCGCAGGCACUGACCAACAUCGAUGGCAUCAUUGCCAAGUCCGAGGCGCUCAUGGUGGCACGUGGGGAUUUGGGCGUCGAGCUGGAACUCGAACGGGUGCCCUUCGCGCAAAAGUUGCUGAUCCGAAAGGCCAAGGAUGCAGGCCUGUUUGUCAUCAAUGCCACCCAGAUGGUGGAGAGCAUGAUCGAGAGCCCGGUGCCCACACGGGCAGAAGUGAGUGACCUCCAAAAUGCGAUCUGGGAUGGUGCAGAUGCUGUCAUGCUGAGUGGUGAGGCUGCCAGUGGCAAGUUCCCGUGCGAGGCGGUGAUGGCCGAGGCCGAAGCCGCCUUGGAGGCUGAGAGUGUCAAAGAUCUCCUGCAGCCGCGCCUGGGCGUGGACUACUUCUGCGACGAGGGCAACAAACCUCGAGAGAUGGACGACGCCAAGCGCCGCACCAAGGUGGUGGCAAGCUUGGGCCCAGCGUCAUGGAGUGAGGAGAUGAUCCCCAAGAUGAUCGAAGCAGGCACCGACAUCUUCCGCCUGAACUGCUCCCAUCGCCGUGGUGGUGACUUUGAGCGUGUGUAUCCGCUGAUCCGCAAGACCGCUCAGCAGAUGGGCAAGAAGGUGGAGUGCUUGGGAGACCUGCAAGGGCCAAAGUUCCGUGUUGGCGAGCUGGCCGGAGAUCCAGUGGAGCUCAAGAAUGGUGAGAUCGUCGAGUGCGUGCCAGACGUCCUGAGAGACCGAGACCUGGCACUUGCCAGGUUCGGCAUUAGCGUGGAUGACAACGACAACAUUCGACCUGGGCGCAUCACCAUGAAGCCAACGACAGAGCAGAACGCGCUGGUGAAGGGAUGCAAGGUCGGAACGACCCUGCUCAUUGAAGAUGGCAUCAUGGAGGUCAUUGUCACCGAGAAGCUGAGCGAUACUGAGCUCAAGGUGCAGAUCACCCGCGGCGGAAAGUUGAAGGCCAGAAAGGGUGUCAACGUGCCUGACAUCGAAAUUGAUUGCGCAGCACUCACAGUGAAAGACAUCGAGGAUGCUGAGUUCCUUCUGCAGUUGGACCCUCCGAUCGAGUACAUUUGCGUUUCCUUUGCGCAGAAGGCACAGGAUUUGCAGGAGCUCAUCGACAUCAUGGACCGACUAAAGAUCCCAGCAGAGAAACGACCCAAGAUUUGCCCAAAGAUCGAGAAGCCUCAGGCUCUGACCAAUAUCGACGGCAUCAUUGAAAAAUCGGAAGCUUUGAUGGUUGCUCGUGGUGAUUUAGGUGUGGAGCUUGGCCUUUGCCGUGUCCCCUUUGCGCAGAAGUUGCUGAUCCGCAAGGAGUAUCCCAAAUCUUUGCGAUUUGUGCGGCACAUUCCCACCAUUUCCCGAUCUGCUUGCGAAGACAAAUGGGGAGAUGGUGCUGGACAGGCCAAACAGGCCGGUCUCUUCGUGAUCACCGCCACGCAGAUGGUGGAGAGCAUGAUCGAAGCGCCCGUGCCGACUAGGGCCGAAGUCUCGGACCUUUGCAAUGCUGUGUGGGAUGGCACCGAUGCGGUCAUGCUUUCUGGAGAGGCAGCCAGUGGCAAGUUCCCAUGCGAAGCAGUGUUAGCAGAAGCUUCAGCUGUGAGAGAGGCCGAGUCAGUAGAGCAUAGAGUUUUCCCAGCGCCUUGGUUUGCAGGAGAGGCGAGGUGUAGUUUGAAGACAGGUCCGGACAUGAAUGACUCAAGCCAUUGUCCAGAGUUCAACAUGUCCCAGUGCAAAGAUCUCAGAGCAGCGUUUGCGGAUCUGAGGCGAUCCCUGCGGUGGUUUGAACAAUGGUUUCAAUCUGAGCAGUGA